AUGUUUUCAGGACUCACAAAUCAGGUCAGUUCGUGGAUGGGAGCGGCAAAAGGCGACCCCCAAGAUGAGGAAGUUCCUACGCCCACGAAAGAAGCCACCGGGGAGGUGGCCGCAGAGGGAGACAAACAAAGUCCAACUAAAGGUGGAAGUAAACUGGAUCUUAUCACCAACGUAAAGUCUCAGAUGACAGGCUGGCUUGGAUCGGGAAUACCAAUUCCUGGAUUAAAGAAAAAUGAAGCUGCAACUUCAGACAUCCCAGAGGCGGCACCGGAAGAAGUAGCAGAGAUAGCUGAACCCAAGCCGGAGGGAAAGGAAGAUGAUGACAAUUCUAGGUACAUUAGUGCUACUGGCGGAGCCGACAGCAGACCUGCGUCGACCGGCGGGACCCCCACCGAAGAACAACCCGCCGGAGUCGGUAACGUUGCAGGUCAGCACAGUAGAAAGAUUUUCACAGUUGACGCCAUAGAGGUGCCCGAUAUGCAAGAACUAACCACGAAGGCAGUGGCCGGCGCUAAGUCUCUGGGCAACUUCCUCUAUUCCGCUGUCAACAAAGCCGGCGCUAAAGUCAGCGAGGCCAGUGCCAAAAUAAAGAAGACUGUCGAAGAAAAUAGUAUUCUCGGCGAGUUCAACCGCGAGCAGGACGCCUUCAUAAAAGGCCAGGAGAAGGGCGGAGGAGCGGCCGUCGCGCCGUGGGUGGGAGCUCCUAACGAAACGUCGCUCAAAGAGGAGUGCUUGUCGUUGUCUACUGACCGACGGAACUUCGUGCGCGCUCCUCCGGCGGGCGUGGAGUUCGAUUUCGAUUAUGACAAGAUGUACCCGGUGGCCGUUGCCAUCAUGUCGGAAGACCCUAACCUCGAGAAGAUGCGGUUCGAUUUGGUGCCCAAGGUGAUCACAGAAGAGAAUUUCUGGCGGAACUAUUUCUACCGCGUGUCCCUCAUCUGCCAGGCCAACGAAGCCGACGCCGUCGGGCGCCAGUCGAGCGCCGACGACUCGCAGGAUUGUAAAUCGGCGGGCGAAAGUCUCGCAGCUAAAGAGACGUCCUCCCGGGGUUCGAUCGACGAUGUCAAGAAAAGAAUUAAGUCUUUGAAAGUCGAUAGAGAUAACGACGACGAGCAAUGGGAGAAGGAAUUGGAAGCGGAAUUGAAGGAGUACGAGGUGGUAGCCGAAAAGACAAACGACGAUAAGUGGGAAAAGGAGUGUGAAGAUCUCUUAGGAGAAGAAAUGGAUCUUAAGUAG